GCCUCAAAGAAUAUGCUGAAGAAAAAGAAAAGAAAUCGUUUUGCUCGGUGGGUUUUGAUUUUCAGAUCUCAGUAGCAGCACUGUACAGCUCUAGGCAAUUCAUUUCUUGUGAAAAUAAGGGAUACCCAUGGAGUUUUCCCCUGGUAUCAGCUGUGAUCAAUUGUGGAUUCAUUUCUUAGUAGGAGUUACGAUGCCUAGACCAUCCUUAUUCUGGUUCUACCAUGAAUUUCCAUUCGGGUAGAGAAGAUGCGCAGAAGCAUGCAGUUGAUAAAUCAUGCAUCUAUUGCAACAAAGUAUUUGACGACUAUCUAGCUCUUAGUGGCCACCUUAGGAUUCAUGAGGAGGAGACAUUGAGGGCCCUGAAUUUUCCUGGUCGUUCUAGUAAUUCCAUCGACAUUUCUAGGAACCCUCCUGCUCCCCUGCCAAACAGCCAACUGAGCUUGGCUAGCGUGAACAAUCUGACUCCAAUCACUAGAACACCAACUCUAAUUGACUUCUGUGCAAUGUUCGGCUCAUGUGAUGCAAACCAGGCUAACAGGAGCAAAUCCACUGGCAGCAAUCUCGGAGAUGCCCAAACUCAGAUUGUCAUGUCUCCUAGUGGUGCAACUUUUCGCCAUAAUAGUUCAGCUUCGAAGACAUUUGCUCCAGUUGGUGCCAAUGCAGCCUUGUCUUCUGCCGCAUGUGCUUCAUCUGGUGGCGUUGUAGCGACUGGCCUUCCUACAGAUUCUUCAUCAUAUUUGCGCAAAUAUGAGGUUUGUCAGUUUAAUACUGAUGAAUUUCAGAUUAGCCAGGAUGGUCUGCCACCAGCCUCGAGAGAUGCCAUGCAGAAAACUCAAGGUUAUAAUCUGGGUAAGCUUCCAAAUCCUACCUUUGCUAUAACUAAUCCUGACCUUGGUUGUGAGUCAUAUCAGUUGCCUAGAUCCAAUGGAUCUAUUGCUUCUUUGUGGCUUUUGCCAGGUCCGCCCCCAUCCUCAUACGUGGGUAAAGUUGGUCAAUCUGAGACAAUUUUGUUGAUGGGAGAAGGAAGCAAGAGGCCCUGCUUAGCUGACAAUCCAAUGACUGCUAGCUUAAUGAAUGCAUCUAAAAAACCUAAAAUUUUCCCCAAUGCACUUGAGGAACCAAAGAAGCUUCAGAUCAAGGAGCUUCCUCUUCUCAAGAAACUUGAAGAUUCACUAUCUGCCUUGGAAACUUGUGUUGGUGCUGAAGAGGAAGGUCCAGUGGAUUUAGAUCUGUCUCUGCAUCUGUAGAGUUAUGUGGUUCUAUCUAUGCUAGAUAAAUAGUACUAAAGCAAUAAGGGAAUGAUAUCUCUUGCCUUCCCCAUCCCCCAACAAAACUGAAAAAGAAUAAUUCUAAGUUUUAAUGUUGUUAUGUACUGUUGAACUAUUUUCAGUGUGCCUGUUCAGUUUGGUUAUAUUAUAUGAAGUUAUCUAUUAUGAAA